AUGGCCGCACCUCUGCCGACAACAGGCCGUCUGAGCUGGCUUUUCAUGCUUUGUGCGUUGAUUUUUAUAUGCUCAUUGCUGUGUGAGAACGGUGCUAGUUCGGUGAUAGUGUAUGAAAUACAUACCCUAUUAAAACAUCUGUGCAUCGGUGCUGGGCUCAUUGUCCCACAAUUGUUCCAAACAAUGGAAAUCUCACCGCCUCCUACAUCGCACUAUCCCCAGGGCUCUCUGGAAGCCCUCUUGUACAUGUACCCGACCAAGAAGCUCAAGGAGGAGAAGCAGAUGGGCAGGAUUGGCGGUAAAGCUUCGCAAACAAUCCAGUAA